AUGACAGAAGAAAUUCUAGAAAGUAUAACUGUUCCUGCAGUUGUUUCAAAAGAUGAGUGUAUUUACUGUUUUGAGUCCCCUUUUAAUGAACCAUUGGCUCUCGGCGCAUCGCCUAAGCACUCUUUGAAUAUAUGUUUGGACUGCUUCCAAGCUACUUGCAAUAGACACCUCCCGCUACACACUCAAGUCACAAAACACUCUUGCGAUUCUAUGCAUUCCACUUAUUUAAAUAUUGCCAAAGUGGAAAAACCCAAGCAAGAAAAUGCAGAAGAGAGUAAUAACAGCAAAAAAAUAAAACUUCAAGUAAUUGAGAAGCCAGAGGAUGAGACACACAACACCAUUUGGAGUUUGGAAAGAUUUAAUGGUGAAAAUGUUCCUAGAACUGUAUUUUUAGAGUCCACAGAAAUUAACAUUCCUUCUAGAAUUUUAGAGAAGAUUGAGAAAAUAAUAAAGGCGAAAUCGCAAGACUUCGAGGAUAAAAAGAACUCGUGGGAAUUAGAAAUCAGUACCUGUCCUCAUACAGAAAAUUUUCAGGUUCCCAAUAAGCCUGAAAAUGCAGUGGAUUUGAACCAAUGCUCUUCGUGCGACCUAGUGCAAAACCUUUGGCUAUGUCUACAUUGUGGCAACAUCGGAUGUGGUAGAGAACAAGUUGGGAUUGAUGGUCACUCACAUGCUUUGGAUCAUUAUCAGAAUAAUAACAAUCACCCUCUAGCUAUUAAAUUAGGUUCAUUAAGCUCUUCAACUUAUGAUUUGUACUGCUAUGCUUGUGACGAUGAGACUAGAUUUCCAAAUAACAUUAACUUGGGAAAUGCAUUAUUAAUAUACGGAAUUAAUGUACAAGAAAAGAUUGCGAAUGAAAAAACUCUAAUUCAAUUACAAGUGGAACAGAACGAGAACUGGCAAUUUAGAAUGGUCGAUUCCAGUGGUAAAGAAUUUGAAAAAUUAUCCCCAAGUAAAGAUUAUGGGUGUGGCUUGAUCAAUUUGGGCAAUUCGUGUUACUUAAAUUCAGUUAUGCAAAGCUUGUUGAAUGGAGGUAUACCAAAUUGGUCCUUGGAUUUCUUAGGCAGUGAAUUCCCAUUGGAUGUUGUAUAUCCUGGAAAUAAUUUGAAGUGUCAAUGGAUUAAACUGUUCAAUGCCAUGAGAUGUGAACCAGAAUUUUAUCCAAACGGUAUCAAGCCUACUACAUUCAAAAAAUGUAUCGGUCAAAAUCAUGAGGAAUUCAGUUCCAACAGACAACAGGACGCAAUGGAAUUUUUAACCUUCCUCUUAGAUUUGUUAGAUAGGAAGUUUUUUUCGAUUGGUUCGUCUGGCGCUUCAAACGUCAACGACUUGGUUAGGUUUAUCAUGGAAGAUAGAUUGCAAUGCAAUAAAUGUGGAAAGGUUAAGUAUUCUUACGAACCAGCAGAGGCUAUACAGAUCCCCUUGGAAGAGAAUAGCGAAACUCAGGAUUUGUUAGAAAGAAUCAAAGCAUAUUUUGAAGGUCAGACGAUUGAGUUCAAAUGCGCCAAUUGUAAGGAAAAAGUUACAGCGAAUAAGAGGCCUUGUUUUAAAUCUUUUCCACAAACACUUGUUUUGAACCCGAUAAGGAUUAAAUUGCAGAAUUGGAUUCCUGUUAAGACUAGUAAUGAACUUUUGUUGCCAGGUUUAAGUGACAGGGAUGAUGUGCUUGAUGUUUCAUCUUUUUUAUCACAAGGAUUUAAUCCACAAAUAGAGGAACUACUACCUGAAGAGGACGAAGACCAUACAAAUUUCACCCCAAAUCAAUGUAGUAUUUCUCAGUUGCUUGAAAUGGGGUUCACUCAAAAUGCUAGUGUACGCGCCCUAUUUAAUACUGGAAAUCAAGAUGCUGAGAGCGCCAUGAAUUGGUUAUUUCAACAUAUGGAUGACCCCGAUUUAAAUGAGGCAUUCGUUCCCCCUCCUACUGACCUCAAGAAAGUUGAGAGAGAUGUUGAUGAAGCUUCAUUGGCUUCGAUGCAAUCUAUGGGAUUGAAUCCUAACCUAUGCCGUAAAGCUUUAAUAAUCAACAAUGGCGAUGUCAGCCGUAGCGUCGAGUGGGUCUUUAAUAAUAUGGAUGAUGACGGAAAGUUGUCUGAACCCGAAGUGCCAACUGAACAACAGCAACAACGACAAAAGGAUUAUGGAUAUUCGACUGCUAAACCAUACGUUUUGACUGCUGUUGUUUGUCAUAAAGGGAAUUCUGUUCAUUCGGGACAUUAUGUUGUGUUUAUUCGUAAACUAGUAGCUGAUGAGUGGAAAUGGGUUCUUUAUAACGAUGAGAAACUGGUUGUUGCCGAAAGCAUUGAAGAUAUAAAAAUAAAUGGCUAUAUUUACUUCUAUACAAGGUGCUAA